AUGAAGCUGCGCAUUGGAUUAAUCGUGUUUUGUGGUGUUUUAUGUGUUGCCGCUGGUAAUAGUGAUGCUGAGAGCAAAAAGAGUGCUAACCAUUCGGUAGAUGCAAUGCUGCUCAUCCUGUCUAAGUUAGAAGUGAUAGAACACAAAUUACAGAAAACGGAAGAAAGCCUACAAAAAUUGGAUGACAAAGUGCAAAAUAUCAACGGCAAGCUGCAGAAAAUAGAGGACCAAUGUUUAUCAAACCAAAAAGAGAUUGGUACAGCGUUGAACGAGCUUCGUUCCGGCCAAAAGCAAACCAACAACAACAUCUUUGCUGCGCUUCAGAAACUCGAAGAUCAUGUCGCGAUUAAUGUAAGCGAACUCCAAAACCGAUACCAGGAGAAGAUCGAUGUAGUAUUACAUAAACUCGACCAAGACGUUAGGCGGGUGCUUCAGAACCAGGAUACCCAACAAGCCUUCUCCUCGUGCAAGAACGUAAAAUCGAACGUAUCGGGAGCAUAUUCAAUCGGUUUAAAUAAUGUUGGUGUUAGUGUUCCGUUCCGAGUGUAUUGUGAACAGAAUGCUUUCGGUGGUGGAUGGAUCGUGCUCCAGCACCGUUAUGAUGGUUCAUUGGACUUCUACCGUGGCUGGAAUGAGUUCCGCGAUGGAUUUGGUGAUGUGGGCAAAGAGUUUUGGUUGGGUUUGGAGAAAAUCCAUCAAAUAACAAAAGUCCGUAAGCAUGAAUUGAUCGUCGAAUUGAAGGACUUUAGUGGAAACUACGCAUACGCGCGAUAUGAUACCUUCGAAAUAGGGAGUGAGGAUGAAGAUUAUGCUCUGAAGGAUCUUGGAACAUAUAAUGGAACUGCUGGUGAAUCAAUGUCGUAUAACAAACAGCAGAAGUUCUCAACAAAAGACCGCGAUAAUGAUCGAAUCAGCUCUGAGCAAUGUGCUCAGGAGCAUGAAGGCGCCUGGUGGCACUAUCGUUGCACUUUUGUGAAUUUGCACGGGCGCUACAUGAACACAGACAAUCCAAAAUCAAUGUCUUGGGAUGAUUUUAAAGGGAGGCAUGGAUUGAGUUACUCGAGAAUGAUGAUCCGGGAGGUGGAAUAG